CGCAACUCAAACGCGACAAACAACACAUUUUCGAAUGACCUCAGCGAUAUUUUUCUCUAUGAUUACUGUCCUCUACUUUCACCGGAGGGACUACUCAUGAGAGCAGCAAAAAUAACAGGAUUCGCCGUUAUAAUAGCAACAUCUUUGUUUGGAAAUCUGUUAGUAAUAAUCGUCACUCGCAGAGAUCAAAGGCUGAAGAAGGUGGCCUUCACCUUUGUUGUAAACAUGGCCAUUGCAGAUCUUCUCACCACAGUCAUCAACAUGCCAGAAUCUCUUUAUGAGCAGAUAAAAGAUACAGAUGAAUGGAUUGCAGGUCACAUCGGGGUAGUGUUGUGUAAACUUUUACCCUUCUGUCAACAAGUUUGCUCGUUCUGCUCUGCUCUCAGUUUAUUAGCCAUAGCAUCCGACAGAUUUUUUGCUAUUUGCUUUCCACUGAGGAAAUUACUGACUCGAAAACUGUCUACAAUUAUAAUUGUGAGUACGUGGUUGAUACCUAGUUUUUUUAGUGCACCAAUGUUUCUGGUAAACAAUGUGGUAAAGGAAAAAGGAAUUUUUUUUUGCGUUGAAGAAUGGUCAGCCCCGUUUGAUUCCUUGGAGUCUCCAAAAUAUUAUACCGUAAUUCUUUUUGUGCUCUUCUACAUUCUACCGCUGGCCAUUGCAUCUGUGUUGUAUGGUUGCGUCAUUCACAAAAUUUGGAAGAGAAAAAUUGUUGGAAAUCACUCAUCCAAGACAAAACGGCUGCUUUCUAGAAGCAGACGUAAAUCAUUGAAAAUUUUUAUCACCAUUUUGGUUUGCUUCGCAUUUUGUUGGCUCCCAGAUCACGUAGCCUACUUCCUAAUUGAUGAUAACGAGGAAUUUCGUGAUUGCGGCUUGCCAAGAGACAUUUAUUAUGUUUCAUUAUUCUUUCCCCAUGCAAUAAGCGCGUUAAAUCCUUGCAUCUAUAUCAUAUUUAACCAAGACUUUCGGUCUGGCACGAAAGAUUUGCUAAUCAUGUGUCGUCGGGUACUAUUUCGAUGGAACGAACUCGUGGACUCGAGGAAUAGGUCGUCAUGCAACGACAAAAUGAGUUGGGAUGAAGAAAAACAAUCAGAGAUUUACCCACUUCAUUCGUUGAAGACAAGAAGACCACCAAAGAUGAGCACUGAAUACUGCAAAUCAUACGUUUAAAAGGUCAUGAAUGGCGGUCUCAUUAAUGCAUAUUUUUAAUUGUUCAUUAGACUUCAUUUGACUUUUGGAAAAAAAAUCUAUAAAUGCAACAUAAAUUCAAUCACUUAGGACCAAAGCGUUACUGAUGAAGCGCAGUAUUGGCUUCUUAAACGUUUCUCUAAGAAGUGGCUUUUAAAAGGAAAAUAAACAUAACACAUACAGUGUUCAUUAUUGACCUUUCAAAAAAUAUUAAUAAGCGUACAACAAAUAGCUGCAAUUAGUGUUGGCGUCCUUGCCUAAAAAACUUCAAUUACUUUUUAAGUGCGGAGGUAAAUAUAGAGUUUAGAAGGCCAUAGACGGCAUAUUAACAAGUCUACCACAGAAAAAACUUUUAGUUUAAACAAAUAUCUAUCAAGAAUAUUUUAAUAUAACUUUGGUGAUUAUUUAUUAUCCUUUAAUCAAUGCGAUAGUUCAGAAGCGAUUGCGUGCAGUUUUCUCGAAAUGCUUGAAUGCGGAAACUGGGGAAUAUCACAUUAUUUUUUUGCUGACCAUGACGCGAACCUCUAUGAGCAUUGAAUGGAAUGCAAAAAUCUGAAGAAGAAAAGCUGGAAGCAGUAAAAAGAAAAUAUGUGAAUGCUAAAUUGUAUGUUGUUAGCGAAAACAUUAAAAGAAAUAUUACUUACAUUAUGUACGUU